GUUUGUUUAGUAUUUAGUUUAAUAACUAAAGAAUCUCAUCGCGAUUCAUAAAUUUAACACUGUAAUUAUGAAUCACUCGCUCUUAUUCGUCCUUCUGUCAGCAUUAUUUAGUUCAGCGUUAGCCGUACGUUGCUAUCAAUGUUCCUCGCAAACGGAUCCGAAGGGAGUGGACAACUGUGGAGCCUACAAGGGUUUCAACAAGACCCAAAACAUUGCCAUCGAGUGCAACAGCGAUGAGUCGCACAUGCCCGGAUCGUUCUGCAUGAAGGUGGUCCAACAGAGCCCCAGAGGGUUUAUCUGGGAUGGCCGGUGGCGUCAGGUUAUCCGGCGAUGUGCUUCGGUUUCGGAAACCGGAGUGACCGGUGUGUGCAACUGGGGAGUUUACGAAAAUGGUGUCUACUGGGAGGAAUGCUACUGCGCCGAGGAUGGCUGUAAUCACGCGGGUAGAUCCGUAACGAUUUCUACCGUUGCACUGGCGAGUAUGCUGUUGGUGAGCCUCGUCGGUCGCCGACUUUUUGCAUAGGUAAGAGUUGCGCAACAUUAUGUGUAUUUGUGACGACAUUCCGUUGAGUAAGAUAAGUAAGAAGUAAGAUGUAGAUUACGUAAGAAACGAAAGCACAGUCUUAACACAAUUGUAAUUCAAAAUAUGUGCCUGAUCUAAAGUAAAUCACAUUCCGUCCAAUGUUUUUGACAAAAAUAGUAAUAUAAGUUUUAUUAAAACUAUGAA